CCAAAGAGGACACCAAACCCUGAGCAGGACCAGUCAUACCUCUGUUCUCCAAGAGUCUUUGAAGGAAAAAAUCUGAAAAUCUUCCCCCAGCUUUCAUCUGAACUCCUCUCCAUUUUGAGACCAUGGACGCAGCCGCGGUAGCAACUCUUUUGGCUCUGGUUCUGACUCUGGCUGGAGUCAGUCAGGCUCUUCACGUCCAAGGCGGUCUGGAGAAAAACAACAUCCUGCCAGACUCAGAGGAGAGCAUGGUCGACCACUUGCUGGGGCUGAGUGAAAACACAGAUAACAGCAUUGAUGAUCGCCUGCUGACUGCCGUGCUAAGAGCUCUGCUGCUCGGAUCUCAGAGGGAAACCAGGAACUCUGUCCUCCAUCAGCCACAGAGGUUUGGCCGAGGCUCCAGAGGGCAAGUAGCGUCAGAGGAUCAGGUUCAGUCCCGUGACUGGGAAGCUGCCCCAGGUCAGCUCUGGAGCAUGGCUGUGCCCCAGAGAUUUGGCAAGAAGUGAUCUAUCAGGAAGACAUCUACACAUCGACGUGAGGGCAUACGGGCCAAGCAGCAGGCAACUGU